AUGCUGGGCAUCAAAUAUGACGUCUUCAAGCGUGCGCAGAGCUUUCCCUUUGUGCGCUACUGGUGGCGCCGGGCAUUGCGCUUCGACGAGCGGACGGGAAUGCUGACGGCUGGGAUUCCGUUGACGAUAGCUCUGUUCGCGUCGAUCACCGUUACUACGAUCAUCUUGGAUCGCCAGUUCGAGCUUCGUGACCUGCGAGCUCGCACGAUUAGUCAGCGCGAAGCAACAUUGGAG